ACAGCACAGCGCAACUACAGCAGAGCAUCGCACACCACUGACCCUGAACUGCACGGCUGCACGCACAAAAAGUUUCUUCUGGUGCCGGAGGGAGACGGAUGUCUUUUCUCGGGGCGGCCGUCCAGCGACCACGGAGAGCGGAGGCAGUUGGGAGUAGUCGUCCUACCGGCCGAGCAGCUGCGCCAAUCUAGCGCCCGCGCAGCCGCCGGCCCUGGGGGACGACGACGGCGACCCGGCCGCCUCAUGGAAGACCAAUCGCCUGACCAUAUAUCAGUUGGUUCAGCACCAAAAAAGUCUAGUACUUCAUCACGAGGUCGACAGCGUAACUUCUCAUCAUCGACAUGCAAAGAUUUUCUCCGGAAGUUUGUGGACAAUGAACUUUUAACUUCAAGUCUAGAGGAUUGGUUCUCUGGUCACAGUGAAGAUUUCGAUUUCAGGAAGCCAGCUUUUGAUGUUCCUUUUGACCUUACUGAACUACAGAAUUUCGAUUAUGCACUGGAGGGUGUUACGUUUCAGCAGCUAGUACGGAUGCCAAAUGCUCUAUACGCAUCAACAUCAGAUGUUUUUGAAGCUACUGCAUAUCUUGCCCUGGAGGAUUUCCUUCAUGCAGGCAUUAAGGGGUUGUGGGAAACUUUCUGGGGUCCUGAUGAAGCAAUGCCUUUCUCAGUUGCCUGUAUACACAGCACAAGCUCCAAGUUUUAUCCUGCUGAGAAGGCUAUUAGCAGCGGAAAGCUUGAUGGUGUUUGUGCAACAGCUGUACUGCUGAAGAAUUUGAAGCAUUCACAAGGAAGAUGGGAUCAUAUCGUGGUUUUAGCUUUGUUGAGACCUGAUAUUGGAAUGGUUUCCGCACAGGGGGACCAGGAACCAUCUUCUGCUGGCUUAGGGGAGGCAUUGUUCUUUGCUUUGCGCGUUCUACUGUCUCGAAGCCUCAGCAGAUCCUCCACCGUUCUCCGCAAUUCCGAUUGUGUUUACUUGCUUCUUGUUGAUUCACAGUUUGGAGGAGUGGUAAAGGUCCAAGGUGAUCUGAACAAGCUGGAUUUUGAUCUGAAUAAUGUUUAUGACUGUGCUGCUGAAUGGAUAAAGAAGCAUGCUAAAAUUUCAGUUUCUUCCAUAGAUCGGGUAUGGAACAAACUUGGGAAUGCUAACUGGGGAGAUAUUGGGACCCUUCAAGUUCUCAGUGCAUUAUUUCAGUCAAUGGUCCAAUUUUAUGGAGAACCGAAGUAUUCUCUUGAUGAACUAGCAACAGAACAUAGUUCGCGGCUACAAAGUCGAAGAUCAGAAAGACAUUUGGUCGACAGACAAGCUAAUGGUAAUGGUUUAUUUCGAUUCCAGCAGCGAAGUCAUUCUCCUGAAAUUGUUGAAGUUCAGGAGGAAGCAGCUGUUGAUUUGAGACCACAGGAAACUUUGAAGCUUGAAAUAGGAUCUGUUGUACUGAUGGAUGAUGCUUACAGCCAGAAAGGUUUUCAAAUCAAUGACAUUCUAACAGACAGUGAUCCUCCUAUUUAUACUUCUACUCCUGUAGAAGAGCCUACCAAAACCUAUUUGUUAUAUGUUGGCUCCAGCCCUUCUCAUUUGGAGCCAGCAUGGGAGGAUAUGAAUUCCUGGUACCAAGUACAAAGGCAGACCAAAGUACUGACAUUGAUGAAGCAAAGAGGCAUUUCUAGUAGGUAUAUACCACAGAUGGUAUCUUCUGGACGGGUUGUGCAUCCAGGCCCUUGUAACAAGCCUAACUCAAGUGGAAGUUGUGGUCAUCCAUGGUGCAGUACUCCGAUCCUUGUCACCUCACCAGUUGGUGAGACCAUUUCAAAUCUGAUACGGAACGGAUUGUUCGGUGUUGAGGAGGCUCUGAGAUGUUGCCAUGACUGUUUAUCUGCUCUUGCUGCUGCAGCAUCUUCAGGAAUCCGUCAUGGUGAUAUCCGGACAGAGAAUGUGAUCCGUGUUAAUAAUGGUUCAAGGCAUCCAUAUUUUGUGCUUAUUGGAUGGGGUCAUGCUAUCCUAGAAGAUAGGGAUCGGCCUGUAAUGAAUCUGUUCUUCUCAUCUACAUUUGCGCUCCAGGAAGGCAAGCUAUGCGCAGCAUCUGAUGCAGAAAGUUUAAUUUAUCUUUUAUAUUUCUGUUGUGGUGGAGUUUGCCCAGAGCUUGACUCGGUUGAAAGUGCACUUCAGUGGAGGGAGACAUCAUGGUCGAGGAGAGUUAUACAGCAGAGGUUGGGUGACGUCUCAGCAGUGUUAAAAGCGUUUGCGGAUUAUGUUGACAGCCUUUGUGGGACCCCAUACCCAAUGGACUAUGAUAUAUGGUUGAAAAGAUUGCGAAGAACAAUAAAUGAAGAUCAUGGGAAGGAGGUCGAUACAUCAUCAAGUUAAUACCACAGCACAUCUUGCAAAUCCAAAAAUGUGGAAGAUCAAGAGUGAUCAACCAUUUCCUUUUGUUGUUGUUGUAGAUAAUUUAUUUGUGAAAGGUCCAUAGCUCACAGUAUUGUCCUUCUUGCACCAUUUCUUCGAUAAAGGUAUUUCCAAAAUAGUAAUCUGCUGCUGCUAUCCUCAAUCGGAUCACUGUCACUGUUUACUGUUCCAUGGUUUUGUCUUCAACCCUCCACACAAGAGUGCAGUAUAUAGAUCCUUGAGGAUAUUAGCAACAUGAUGUAUUUUAUGAAUGGUCAUGGGUAAAUUGGUGAGCUGUGCUCUGCUCUAGCUGGUUCCCCUCCGAGAUUCUGGGCCCAGUAUGUGGGUGAAUUCUUUUUCUCAUGGUUAGUGUUUAAAUGGUUAAAUCAGUAGGCAAACGUGGACCUCUAGUGUGUGGUAUAGUCGAUCAAUUUUUGGCCCUUCCUUUUUGUAAUUGCUCCAGGAUAGACUUGUGAUUAGAGGUGUCGUGGCAUAGUAUCAUGUUGAAACUCUGACUACAUUAUUUGUUGGGUGCAUCAAGGUCCUCUAAAUGAUGUUCUAUUCAGUUGCUCAAACUCCUAUCCUGCUACUUGUGUGCUAGACUGUCUGUUAGUGAGGGGGACUACCAAUUUGCCCCAUACAUCAAGAAAUGCUUUUCUGAUUGUGAUA